AUGCCAGCGCGGACCACACAAAACCCCUCGUCUCUUAUCGGAAAUGUGCCGGUCCUAGACGGCAACUCGGUUGGCUUCCCGGCAUGGCGCACAAGACUGGAAGAACUGUUUGCUAUCCAGGGGGUGCACGAUAUCGUGACCGGCAAGCUCCUCCGUCCCGAAGCCGACUACAAGGACAAAGAGUCAAAACCGGUGACGCAAGGAUCACACCGAUUAUACUACGCCGAGGAAUCUGGCUCCGACUGGGAUGCGUUAUCGGAAAUAGCUAGAGCGACGCUGAAGAUGACUCUUUUGGUCGAUCUAGCGAUACGAUACAAGGACACUAAACCGGUUAGUGUUCUUUUCAGGACCAUAUGCGAUGCAUAUGAGAAGAACACCCGAGCACGCCGAAUGAUGCUUCAAGAUGCAUUCUGGACAGCUCGUCACGACCCAAGCAAACCAAUUGCCACCUGGAUCGCUCGUAUCAGAAACUCAGCAUCAGACCUUAAAUCGGUUAAGUUGACCCCCGCGGACCAACAAAUUUGUGAUAGACUCCUUCGCGGCCUAGAUGAAUCGUGGAAACCAAUUCGUGAUCAUCUCGUCUACUCGCCGAACGAGAUAUCACUUGACGACGCGAUUGGAGCGCUUGAGGCGCACGAAGUAUCGAUGCAGGUCCCCUUCGAUCAAUCACAAGAGACGUUUGAAGCACCGGCAGUCGCGAAAAAGAAGAAACCGGGGUGCUGGAGCUGCGGCGAAUUUGGACAUCACUCCUCAUCUUGUCCCAACCUCUCAGCGAAGAACAAACCGAAGGCGAAGUUUGGGACUCGAGCCGGCGCGGCGUCAGCGGUAGCUCUAGGAGGAGGCGGCCCUAGCGAUGAAGAAGAAGAAGAUGAUUUUGAUCCGGAAAUCGACGUUGUCUGGGGAUGA